AAUGUGUCCCUGCAUGAUAUGUCUACUGUCGAGGUGGAACAUAUAGCAUACACUUGUGUUCAGGCACACUUUGCAAUCAGUAAUAAAAACAAAUGGGCCAAAGCUGAUGGUAAAUUCAAUUACCAGGCCUUUUACUACAACAUUAUCAACUUUAUUUGUGAGUGCAAGGAUUGA